UAACUAAUUUGGAAUUGAGACGUAGUUGAUUGAUGAUUGCCGUGUGUUUUUUUCACGCGGCAUCAGCAAAUCUUCCUCUUCCUCUUCCACCUCCGCCUGAAAAACAAAAUUUGAACAAAGAUACAGCUUAAAAAAACAAGCAAAAGAAAGAAAAAAACAACCAACUUCCUCCAAUUUUUCCCUUCAAAUGAUAGUAACAAGUGAAGGAAUGAAAAUACCAUGGACGAAUGUGAUCACUUGCAUUGUGUUAGUUUUGUUAUGUUAUAGCAUUGAGGAAUGUAAGGGACAAGACUACGGUGGCGAGUCGACGGUUCCGGCGGCACCUCCGCCGGAUCAGGACAACUGCGACGGCGUAUUCGUGUCGUAUGCAUUCGACAGCCGCGAACGGGAAUACCCGUUCGUGAAAAAUGUAUCGGCACAAGCAUGGGCAUUUAAUUCGAUGUUGACGGUCAUAAAUACAGGGCUAUUCGAGCUGAAAUCGUGGAAAGUUCACGUAGGGUUUCAGCACAAUGAGCUAUUGGUGUCGACGGACGGAGCCGUGGCGGUGGAAGGCGACGGAUUUCCGAUUAAAGUCGGGAAAAACGGCACGGUUUUGGCUGGAUUCCCGCAAUCGGAUUUGAAAACGGCGAUUGAUACUGCCGGAGAUUUUACGCAAAUGGCGGCUCAGGUGAAGAUAAAGGGAACACAAUUUGGAGUUUCGCCUAAAGCAACGCCAAUGCCUAAGACAAUUAAGCUGCUCAAUGAUGGAUACAAAUGCCCUGCUCCUAAGAAAUACAAAACUUAUAUGCAGAUGUGCUGCAAGAGGGACCCCAAAUUCAAGCCAAAAAAUACCACCAUCAAGUUCAUGCCUCGUCAAUACGGAGACCUCUCGUUCACAUACGACGUUCUAUCCGCGUUUGAGAACAAGUACCAAGCUCAAGUCACCAUCGAUAACCUCAGCCCGUUAGGUCGUCUUGAUCAUUGGAACUUGACGUGGGAAUGGAUGCGGAAUGAGUUCAUUUAUAGCAUGCAAGGCGCCUACACACACAAAAAAGACCCGUCAGAAUGCAUUUACGGUGCUCAGGGACAAUACUACAAGGAUUUCGAUUUCACUACCGUCUUGAAUUGCCAAAAGAAGCCACUCAUAUCCGACUUGCCACCUGAAAUGGAAAACGAUGACAAACUUGGCAAGUUACCUUAUUGUUGCAGAAACGGGACACUUUUGCCUUCUACUAUGAACGAGACUAAGGCUCGAUCUAUUUUCCAGAUGCAAGUCUUCAAACUUCCUCCUGAUUUGAACAGAACUGCCCUGUAUCCGCCUAUGAACUGGAAAAUCGAAGGUACAAUUAAUCCGGACUACAAAUGUGGCCCGCCUAUAAGAGUUGAUCCAUCAGGAUUCCCUGACCCUAGUGGAACCGGCAUGACUUCAAGUGCUGUUGCCAGCUGGCAAAUUACUUGCAACAUCACCCGCCCGAAGCCAAAACAGAAUAAAUGUUGUGUUUCUUUCUCGGCUUUCUAUUCCGACUCUGUUAUCCCAUGCAACACUUGCGCGUGUGGAUGUCAGCAAACGUCUAAAUGUGAUGCGAAUAUAAAACCGUUGCUUCUCCCUCCACAAGCCCUUCUUGUCCCUUUUGAAAACAGGGACACCCUGGCGAAAGAAUGGUACAAAAUCAAGCAUUUAGGCUCUAUGCCUAAAAAACCCCCCUGUCCUGAUAAUUGUGGAGUAAGUGUUAAUUGGCAUUUGGAUAGUGACUAUAAUUCUGGAUGGACGGCCCGAGUAACUCUAUUUAACUGGGGUAACGACCAGUAUGAGGAUUGGUUCACGGCUGUGCAAAUGAAGAAGAACAUCGCGGAUGGGUAUGAGAACGUUUACUCCUUCAACGGGACUAAGUUACCUCAACGAAACAACACGAUUUUUAUGCAAGGGUUGAAAGGAUUGAACUAUUUAGUUGGUGAAGUUAAUGGGACUAAUCCUGAUAAAGAUCCAAGAGUACCUGGAAAACAACAAUCAGUGAUCUCAUUCUUGAAGAAAAACAUACCAAAUAUUAACAUUGAAGCUGGUGAUGGAUUCCCUUCUAAGGUGUUCUUCAACGGCGAAGAAUGCGCGCUUCCAACAGAUUUUCCUAAAAAGAGUGCAGCAUUCAAAGGACAAGUUGGUUUGUUGCCUGCAGUUUUGCUUGCUCUCAUCACUUUCUUUCUGUUGACAGAUCAAUUACACUGAUUUCCCAUCCUAUCAACUGGGUUUCAGUUUCAAGAUUUUCUAUAGGGCAAAUGGACAUGAAGUUGGGAGUUGUAAAGAAAGAGAAAUGGAUCAAGAAAAGAAGAUCCCAAGACAUGAUUUGGAUAUUAGAAGACUUUGUAACAAAGUUUUUAAGACAGAACAUGAAUGUAUACUUGUUUGA